AAGAAGAAGAGUUCUCCACUAAAGAAACAGAGAGGCACAAACAAACCCAGAUCUCACCGCUGUGACCGGUGUGAGAAGAAAUACCAAAAAUCACAUCAAUUAAAGAUUCACCAGAGAGUUAACACCGGAGAGAGACCGUACAGCUGUGACCAGUGUGGGAAAGAGUUCACUACUGUCGGUAUGCUCAGACGACACCAGCGUUCACACUCUGCAGAGAGACCGUACAGCUGUGACCAGUGUGGGAAAGAGUUCACUACUGUCGGUAUGCUCAGACGACACCAGCGUUCACACUCUGGAGAGAAGUCGUACAGCUGUGACCAGUGUGAGAAAGAGUUCACUACUGUCGGUAUGCUCAGACGACACCAGCGUUCACACUCUGAAGAGAGACCUUACAGCUGUGACCAGUGUGAGAAAACAUACAAAACACAAGGAGUUCUAAAAAUACAUCAGAGAGUUAACACCGGAGAGAAACCGUACAGCUGUGACCAGUGUGAGAAAGAGUUCACUACUGUCGGUAUGCUCAGACGACACCAGCGUUCACACUCUGAAGAGAGACCUUACAGCUGUGACCAGUGUGAGAAAACAUACAAAACACAAGGAGUUCUAAAAAUACAUCAGAGAGUUAACACCGGAGAGAAACCGUACAGCUGUGACCAGUGUGAGAAAGAGUUCACUACUGUCGGUAUGCUCAGACAACACCAGCGUUCACACUCUGAAGUGUGAGAAAACAUACAAAACACAAGGAGUUCUAAAAAUACAUCAGAGAGUUCUCACCGGAGAGAAACCGUACUGGUUUCAGGAGUGUGGCAGUAAAUCCAUAUCAGCAGGAGGACUACAGAGUCACCAUCGAAGAUAUCACGCUCGAGAGAAACCGCAUCACUGUCGGCAGUGUGACAAAGAGUUCAGGACGUCAGAAGACCUGAAGAGUCACCAGAAAGUUCACACCGGAGAGAAACCAUACAGCUGUGAGCAGUGUGGGAAAAGCUUUUCUCAGUCCAGUAACUUCAGAACCCACCAACGCAUCCACAGUGGAGAUUGUAAAGAAGUGCACGUGACCUUUAUGUGCAUGAAGUUAUAUGCAGAGAGACAUUUACACAUCUUCAUCCGGUUCAUGAGAAUAUAUUUACCUUAUAUACCUUACAGUUAAAGUUUAUAUGCGUGCUCGCGUGUGUCUCCGCUGUUCAGACUCAGACUCCAACACAAACUCCAGUGAAGCACCAAAACCUCUUGGUUGUAUCUAGUGAAGCCCGUCUGUUAAACA